UCGGACUUCCGGUGCUGGGGUAACACGUGGUUUGUAGGGCUUGUGGCUGCUGUCACUGCAGCGAUGGGGAAGACCAUGAAGAAAGGGAAGAAACCGCUGGCGGGGGCCGCGGGGCGAGUCGUUAAAGCCCGCAGCGAGGUCCGGGAUAACCCGUUUGAAGUGAAGAUCAAUAAGCAGAAAUUCAGCGUCCUGGGCAGGAAGACCAAACACGACGUGGGGCUGCCGGGGGUGUCCAAGUCCAAGGCUCUGAAGAAGCGCAAGGAUACUCUUCUCAAAGAGUACCAGCAAAGAGGGAAGUCCGGCCUGUACACUGACAAACGAAUUGGAGAGUAUGACACCAAACUGACUCCCGAGGACAAGAUGAUGAAGAGGUUUGCCUUGGAGCGACAGAAACACGUUGAUAAGAAGACGGUGUAUAAUCUGAAUGAGGAGGAGGAGCUCACCCACUACGGCCAGUCUCUGGCAGCCCUCGAAAAGCUGAAUGAUGCUGUGGACAGCGAUAGUGAUACAGAGGAACGCGGAGCCUUGUCAGCUGAAUUAACGGCUGCACAUUUUGGGGGCGGCGGCGGGUUGCUGAGAAAGAAAGCGGCUUCCGAACGAAUAGAGGAGGAACCUGAAAAGCCGAAAACACGGAAAGAGCUCAUUGAGGAGCUGAUUGCAAAAUCUAAGAUGGAGAAGAGAGAGCGACAGAGUCAAAGAGAAAAGGCGCUGGAGUUGACGGAGAAGCUUGACAGUGACUGGAGGGCGAUACAAGGAUUGCUAGCUCACAAGACUCCUAAGUCUGAGAGGAAGGUAGAGCCUGAGAAACCAAAGCCUGAUGAUUACGACAUGAUGGUUCGUCAACUUGUCUUCGACAUGAAAGCCAAGCCCUCCGACAAGAUGAAAUCUGAAGCCGAGAUUGCAAAAGAGGAGCAGGAGAGACUUCAGAAACUGGAGGCUGAACGUCUCCGUCGCAUGCGAGGAGAGGAUGACAAAAGGAAAAAGAAGUCCAAACACAUCUCUGCAGAUGACUUGAUGGAUGGGUUCAUACUGGAUAAGGACGAUCGGCUGAUGCUUUCCUAUAAGGACGGGAAGAUGAACCUUCCUGAUUCAGAAGACAACGAGCUGAAGACUGGAAACGACGAUGAUGAUGCAGUGGUCCAUGAGGGCGGCGAUGACGGAGGUGAGGGUAGUGAUGCUGGCGAUGAUGAAGGUGAAGAAGAUGAGGACACUGAUGGAAGUGGUGAGGAAGAGGAGGAGGGAAGUGAUGUUUCUGACAACCACUCAGACCUGGAGUCCAAUGGCGACAGUGAGGAAGAUGAAGAAGUGCAAGUUAAAGUUCUGAAGAAAAACAAAAAGAUAAAGGAGAAGCGCGCCGAAGAGGCCAGUUCUCAGCUGCCAUUCACAUUCAAUGUCCCGGAGUUGUAUGAAGAUUUCCAGUCUCUUCUGAGUGAGAAGCCGACUGAUCAGCAGCUCAUCGUCCUGGAGAGAAUUCAGAAGUGUAAUCAUCCAAGUCUGGCCCAGGGGAACAAGGCUAAGCUCGAGAAACUAUUUGGUUUUCUUCUGGAUUAUAUCAUGGACCUGGCUGGGCAGGAAACCCCCGAUCUUCAAACUGUUGACAAGAUGAUCGUACCCCUGUACAACUUGUGCCAGAUGUUUCCAGAGGCAUCAGCGGAUUGUGUAAGGGAUGCAUUACGGGAUAUUGCUCGCACCGUGGAUGAAGCGGUUGAAUCUAAAGGCAGAGCUGCGUACCCAGCAUUGCAUGUGCUCUUGUAUUUUAAGAUCACUGGAAUUUUAUUCCCUACGUCUGAUUUCUGGCACCCGGUGGUUACUCCAGCCGUGGCUGUGAUGAGCCAGUUGCUGACGAAGUGUCCCGUCGCCUCGUUAGAAGAUGUCACUGCUGGGCUUUUCAUUAGCUGCAUGUUUCUGGAGUACGUGUCGCUGUCUAAGAGGUUUAUACCGGAGCUGAUAAACUUCCUUCUGGGAAUUCUCCACUUGGCCACGCCACGCAAAGCUUCAGCCGAUUACGUCGUGGUUCCUCCGUUUAAAUUCCAUGGGAAGUCCUCAGAGCUACUAUUAAUUGACAGCACGGAGGAUUCUGCGUCGUGGGUGAAGAGGAAUCUGCCGCUGACCACCAUCAAUGGCCUGGACUCGGAGGACAAAACGGAGAUCAAUCAUUUUAAGCUCACCUGUAUAGCUGUGUGUCUAGACCUGGUAAAGAGAUGUGUGGACAACUAUGGCGCUUUACCAGCCUUCAAAGAGAUUUUCAGCCCAAUAGAGAAGAUUAUCCGUGGACAUCUCCCCCGAAACACGUUCCCUGAGAAAAUCCAGGACUUAUGUAAGAACAUCCUAGAUGAUAUUGAGAAGCACAGCAAGAAGCCUUAUAGUCCCCUUGUCUUUGAGAAACAGAUGCCCGUCCCAAUGAAAAUGUUCACCCCCAAAGUCAUGCCCGUCCUGGAGUUCGGCAAGAAGCAGGGAUGUAACAGGGUGGAGCGCGAGCGCAAGAAACUGAUCCACAAACACAAGAGGGAGUUUAAGGGCGCCGUCCGAGAAAUCCGCAGAGACAAUCAGUUCCUGGCCAGAGAGAAGCUAUCGGAGACUAUGCAGCGGGAUGCCGAGAGGAAGAGGAAGGUAAAAGAACUCUUCAACAGUUUGUCCACGCAGGAGGGGGAAUGGAAAGCUCUGAAGAAGAAAAAAAUGAAGGGGAAGUAACAUGGACUCUGCAUAGUGGAGUCGGUGUUGUCCGCGAUCUGUUUCUUAUGGGGACAGACUGGAUUUUCUUUUCCAUCUUAUGGAAAUAAUCCAUACAGUGACUUUCAUGGUUUUUCUUUAUUUUAACAUUGGACAUUGAGAUGCCAAGCGGUUGUAUAAAGCCACAUUAUGCCGGACAUGCCGUGUGUUGGCUGGAGCCAUGUCUGGGAGCCUUGGACGUAUUGAAGUUGUAUUUUUAAAUGUGGAUUGAAAUACUUUUACCACUUUAUUUGUGGAUUAUUUUGUAAUUACAAUCCAGAUUGUAUCCAGA